AUGGAAUCGCCUCCUCUCCCUCCUGAGCUUUUCCAGAUGAUACUCGAGCUGGUCGAUGGCAAAGAGGCGCUAUUCCCUCUUCUGCUCGUAUCCCGGGCAUUCAAGGCACUUGCCGAACCCCUUCUCUAUAGGGACCUCGUGGCGACGACACACGACCUGCGUCGUUUGCAGGGGUUUUAUCUGAGGAUCACUGGGGAGAGCGAUAGGUUAUCGUCGUACGUUCAAUCGCUCACCACUUCCAUUACGGUGAAUUCGGUGUCGCUUGGCAAUCGAAAGACCGCCGCUCUCGACACUAUAUUGGCCCGCCUGCGCAAUCUGAAACGGCUGAACUUACUCUAUCAUUGGGAACCAUUUGUUGCCUUCCCGUCGCUCGCCCCUACGACUUAUCCCUUUUCUCUCACCCACUUCGCAUGUUCUAAUAAUGUACAAGACGUCGAGGCUUUCGCCCACUUCCUAGAAGCUCAACCAUCGCUAGAGUACCUUUCGCUAUCGUCCGUUGACUCGGCCAUCUCUCUUGCCCCAUCGGCAUUGCCGCGUCUACGUGUCUUACAGGCACCGCUGGUAUUUGCGGUCUCCGUCAUGUCGGGUAGAAAGGUCUCCCAUCUACUCUUGAACACGCCUGUCUUCGACGUUACGAUCAAGACGGAUGAUGCAGAAACUCACGAAGCCUUCGAUAACCUUCGAUCACUGCACUGUGUGGCAGAUGAUCUGCUUAAGCUGGCGCCCCUUGUCUCUAACGUUCGGUGUGUUUGGUUGAUGCUACGCAGUGUUGGCAUUCUGGAAGACUUUCUACCCAUCACCGAAGCGCUCGCCACUAUGCCUAUCCAGUACCUACGCCUGUCCGGAUUUAAGCCAGGUGGUAACCACAGUAAUUUUGUGGAUCAGCUGUACGAGGAGAACCGAUUUCUUCGAUCCAUCGAUUUGAAGAGGUCAUAUCCGUCCGAAUACAGUCGUUAUACUGCUGGAAAGUCUUUCCCUGUUAAAGUUGAUGUUGGUGCCUCCGCUUUUGACGAAUGGUGGCUACACGGCCAGGCUUGUCAACUUUGA